GGAGACAGCCGGGCGGAACUGACGCGACGCGGUGACGCCGCUUCCUGUUUGCGGCUGAAGGCGAACUGCCGCCGUCGCCGUUGUCCCGGGGCUGUCGGCGCGGGGGGAGCGGCUGCGGCGCUGCGGGAGCGGGACUUGAAAGACUCAGCUGUUGUUAACAAGACAACUACUGAAACAUGGUGGAUUACUAUGAAGUUCUGGGAGUGCAAAAGCAUGCCUCAGCAGAAGAUAUUAAAAAAGCGUACCGUAAACUGGCAUUAAAAUGGCACCCUGAUAAAAAUCCAGACAAUAAAGAAGAGGCAGAACGGCAAUUUAAACAAGUAGCUGAAGCCUAUGAAGUUUUGUCAGAUGCUAAAAAACGUGACAUCUAUGACAGAUAUGGAAAAGAAGGCUUAAUAAAUGGAGGCGGAGGUGGAAAUCAUCAUGAUAAUCCAUUUGGAUUUGGAUUUACAUUCCGUAACCCAGAAGAUGUCUUUAGGGAGUUUUUUGGUGGAAGGGACCCCUUUUCAUUUGACUUCUUUGAAGACCCUUUUGAGGACUUCUUUGGUGGCAGACGGGGUCCAAGGGGAAGCAGAAGCAGAGGUGGUGGAUCAUUUUUCUCUGCCUUUGGUGGAUUCCCUGCUUUUGGAAGUGGUUUGUCUUCAUUUGACACAGGUUUUACUUCAUUUGGUUCAUUGGGACAUGGAGGCCUUACUUCAUUCUCCUCUACAUCGUUUGGUGGCAGCGGGAUGGGUAACUUCAAAUCAGUAUCAACCUCAACUAAAAUAGUUAAUGGCAGAAAAAUUACUACAAAGAGAAUUGUUGAGAAUGGACAAGAGAGAGUAGAAGUUGAAGAAGAUGGCCAGUUAAGGUCGCUAACAAUAAAUGGUGAGGCAGAUGAAGAAGCCUUUGCUGAGGAGUGCAGACGGAGAGGACAACACGCCCUGCCUUUCCAGCCGACCAACCCUCGCCUGCUGAAGUCUCACAAGCCUGCCAGUUCCCCCAGAUAUGCCUAUCAUUAUAAUAGUGAUGAGGUGGAAGAACAAGAUAGAAGCCGGGUUACAAGCAGCUUGGAGGCCCCUAUUUUUUUAUCAGGUGUGCACAAGCAUAUUGAUGAGACAUGCACGGAAAAGGAUCCACCAGCUAGUAAAAAGCCAAAACCAAAAAGCCGAGCAAGAGGUCGUUGCUGUGUGUUGACUUAAUGUUAGCUCCCCUGUAGAGCUCUCAUGGCAUUUUGUGUGUCUUCAUCCUGUAAUAACCCUGCCCUUCAAUUUAGUCUAGACUCACAAAUGCCCUGGGAUAUUCAAAGAUUCAGGGCAAAUAUCGUUAUGCUGCUGAAGUGCCUAUGCUCUUUGUUCUUAAAAGUGAAGGCCUUUUACAGGUUAACUAAUCACAAUACUUUGCACAUUCAUUUACCAAAAUUGUGCUUGGCUUCUUUGUCAAAGGAAAAAUUCGGCAACUUGGUAUUAUUUCUGGAAACUGCAAUUUUAGGCACCUAAUCCAGAAGGCUGAGACCAUUCUUGUGAAUGCGGAAGCACAGCAAUUGCCCUGGUUAUUUUUGGAAGUAAUUAAUCCUUUGAUAUAUUUCCUGUCUGUAAUGUUUUGGCAAUAUAAUCCAGAGGCUACCUUGGACAACAAAGUCCUCAUAACUACUUGAUUUAAUUUGAACCUGUGGUCAAAGAUCGUCUAAGACUGCCAGGACAGGUUUUUCUGAAACAUGAAGAUGCCCAAACCAAGGGCCCUUCUCAGUAGUGCUGAAUUAGUUGAAAUGCUGUGAAGUGUGAGCAUAUGAGGUUCUCUAUACACAGCGCAUGAAAAACAUGCACUGUACCCCAAAACACUCGUUCACAUACUCCUAGUGCUGUACCAACUUCUGCUGCAUUUAUGAGCCUUUAAAUCUAACACUGUCUUUUGUACAGAAAAAUCUAAAGAUAUCAUGUGUGAUGACAGCUUGAAAAAAUAGAAACAUUCAGAUAAAUGUCUUCCUUAUCAGUUGCUGGAAGCUUUGUCUGUUUAGGGACGGCUAAGUUGAAUCUUUUCUAUUUUUUUUUUUUUUUUUUAAAGUAGUUUAAAAUUUCUCUACAGAAGCCUGAAUGUAACCUCUGGGCUGAUGUCCUGAAAUCUCCCACACCAGGGUUACAGGUUGUGUCUCAUAUGUCUGUAGCUGGCAAAACAAAACCUUGGCUCUGCAUUUGGAGACUUGAGGUUCUCUGCAAUCAUAACAAUACUUUGUAAUGGUUUCCAAAGAGCACCUGAGUUCAACACAGACCUUGCAAUUUUUGAAACAAUUUUUAAUAUUGGUUAGGACUUCUUGCUGUGAAUCUGUUUAUGCUCCAAGAUGCACUGGUUUGCAAUGAAAAUUAAUUUCCAGAAGUAUUUGUGCAAUCACAAAAUCCUCAGUAGAUUGUGAGUAGCCAUAAAAGAUUCAGAGUGGAAACCUGAUUGCAGUAAGAUUAAGAUUUUACUGUUGCUUUAAAUGUUUUGCCUACUGUUCCUCUGAUGGACAGGGCUGCUGAAGGACUGGUUGAAUCAGUCAUAAAAAACCUAUGUGAGUGUCUUAAUCCCUCUCUGGGAAGCAUGCACGAGCCCUGGCCAAUAACACCGUUCUCCUUCAUGGGUGUUCACCUCUGCCAGCUGCCUUGCCCAGCAAGCAGGCUUCACCAGCACAGCUCUGUAAUUAUACAGACCACUUACUUGCUCCCGCUUGGCUUCUUAUUGAUCACUGCAACAGCUGCUGUGCUUACACAGGCCAGUAUAGGGAAAGAAUAUCAUCUUUUUCUGCCUUGCUUCAAAGUCCACUUGAUUUGGUGGAAAAUAGUUAAGUUCAAUGGCCUCAAACUGGGUGCUGGCCCACCUCAAAUCAGACAUGUUGGCCAUUGCUGGCAGCGAGACUGCACGGUGGUUAUAGAUGUUGUCCCAGUUAGAGCACCUCAAGCAAAUCCUCAGUCGUUAGUGAUUCACCUGCAGUGAAGUGAUUUUCUUUUCCUAGUUCUAAGAGUGGGAAUUCUUGAGUUUUAAUUUUUAAGUCUGUAGCAAAUUUAAAUGAAGGAAAAGGAGAUAGGUUUCAUCUUGACUACAUGGAGGGAAUCCCUCUAGAAGUAGCCAUCUCUCUCUGGCGCUCAAGGAGAAAGGCUGGCCAGCUCAUUCAGACUGGCAACCAAUACCAGAGGUGAGGUGAAUCCUCUCCUUAGUCAGGGUUUCCAUUCAUUACAGUGGGUAUUUAAUAAAAAAUUUAGAGUUUAAUUUGAUUCUCCAUCUAACACUGACACUUUGCAUUUUAAUUGCUCUGGGUUUCAUUACUAUUCUUGGUUUUGUAAUACCCUCUCAGAAUAAAACUUCACCUCUUGUGCUUUGAAGUGA